AUGUCGACUAUAUACCAUGUUGGUCCUCACUGGCGCGGAUACGCUGGUCUCAAGAGGCUAGUCAUCUUUGGUGACUCCUAUAGCUACAUCGGAUAUCACUCUCAAGCCCCACCCCCAACCGCCGCACGCCCCCUUGGUGUCAAUUUUCCUGGAACGGUCGUCAACGAGCCCGGACAGCCAAAUUGGGUGGGCCACCUCAUCACCACCUACGCGCAUGGCCAGUCCAAUUUGCUCGUCUACGACUAUGCAGUUCGCGGUGAUACUGCGCCUGGAGUCGCCCGGCAGAUCAGGGAGCACUUUCUGCCCACCGUUGGGCGCAGACCGAAUUGGGCUCGUUGGACUGCAAACGAUACUUUAUUCGUGACUUGGAUUGGCGUCCAAGACUGUAGGCUAUUGAGAGAAAUAACCUACAUCAUCACUGCUCUAUUCGCGGCACAAGAGGAACUAUACACAGCUGGUGCACGAAACUUCCUCUUCGUCGACUGUCCCCCGAUACACCGUUCACCGGUCGGUCCACCCGACGAGAAUCCCGAGUCCGCACAGCCGUUCACGAAUUGGAACCAAGAACUAGCCACAGCAGCCACCGCGUUCGCUCGCGCCCAUCCCGAUGCAACCGUACUCGUCUUCUCCGCCUGGGCCACAUUCACUCGCAUCCUGGAUGACCCGCUCACUAAUGGGUUCCCCUUGAACGCGAGGAGGGCCAUGGGUGGUCCGAUUUGGUUCGACCACCUCCAUCCGACUAGUAGAGUGGCGAAGACCGUGGCGAGAGACAUGGCAGGAUUCCUCACUUCUAUCCCGCCAAGCGGUUAG